CAAAUUUUCGCUGCCUGCAACCCACCUCUUCCGCUUCGUUCAAUUCUCGCAGUCUCUUCCACAACUCGGCUGCUCCAGACGGUCCUGCUCGCUACCAGGCGCUCCUCCAUGUGAACAUGGAGUCUCUGAGCGACGCCCUCUGGGAUGUCGUCAUCAGCGGCACCGGACUGCAGCAGUCGCUGCUUGCCUUAGCUCUCUCGCGGUCCGGCAAGAAGAUAUUGCACAUAGACCCAAACGAGUUCUAUGGCGGCACCGAGGCGGCUUUGAGUCUUCAGGAUGCCGAGUCAUGGGUGGCCCGCAUUUCGGAUGGUAGCCGUGGUCUCUUCAGGUCCGCGUCCAUUACGCGGCCCGAGGGCGCUUCUGGCUUGUCCCCGUCUCGAGCGUACUCGCUGGCUCUUGCACCACAGCUUAUCCAUGCGCGCUCGGCGCUCCUGUCGCAGUUGGUCUCCUCACGUGCCUAUCGUCAAGUCGAGUUCCUAGCCGUGGGUUCCUUCUACAUCUUCAACCAACCCCAAGAGUCGGCCCAGGAAUCCGGCUUGGCCCGCAUCCCGUCCACCCGCGAGGAAGUCUUCUCGACAACCGCAGUCUCGGCGAAAGACAAGCGGCUACUGAUGAAGUUCCUCAAGUUUGUUCUGGAUUAUGAAAGCUCGCCGCAGCUGGAGACCUGGCAGGCAUAUGCGGACUCGCCACUGGUGGGUUUCUUGAACAGAGAAUUCAAGAUGGGCCCAGAGCUGCAGACAUACGUUGUCACUCUCACUCUCUCACUGGAUGGGAAGAUCAGCACCAGAGACGGGUUGGCUGUCAUCCGUCGCCAUCUCUCGUCGAUGGGUGUCUACGGUCCCGGGUUUGCCGCCAUCUACCCCAAGUGGGGUGGUCUCUCAGAAAUUGCUCAGGUUUCGUGCCGUGCCGGUGCCGUCGGCGGGGCCGUGUACAUGCUUGGGACCGGUAUCGAGACGAUGGAAACCGCCGGAGACGAGGUCAAACUCCAGCUCACAAGCGGCGACGCCAUUCGAACACGGAUGUUGGUCCGCUCCGAUGACAGCCCAAGCAGCAGAACCGGUAUCAGCAGGCUUGUAGCCGUGGUAGGCUCGCCAUUUACGUCUUUGUUUGAAGCGGUUGUGGAAGGCGCCCCCAGGCCUGCCGUAGCACUCAUCGCCUUCCCUGCCGGUUCCUUGUCAACCGCCGCUGGUGAGGCCUCGGAGUACCCGGUCUAUCUGUCUGCUCACUCCAGCGAGACCGGGGAAUGCCCCUUUGGUCAGAGUGUUUUGUAUUUGACGACGCUUGCGACUGCUAAUUCGAAGGAAUUGUUGGAGCGGGCACUGGAAGCCUUCACUCAUGUUGCCGGUGGCGCUGAAGCUCCUCAAAUACUAUUUCGGCUGCAAUAUGAGCAGCUCGCGGGCACGGAUGUCACUUCCGUAGAGGGCUCGAUUGUUACGUUUCCCACGCCCUCUCCCUCUCUUGCUUUCAAUGACUCGGUGCUGGAACCAGUCCGCGAGGCUUGGACUAAGGUCAUGGGCGAAGCCGCUGCGGAAGCACAGUACAUGGUCUUUGAGGACCGAGAGGGUGCCGUGGAUGAUGACGAUGUUUACGAGUAACGGACAUGAUGGUAAGAGUGGCCCUCUACUCACGCGCAAUACAAAAAAGGUCAUCGCAGAAAGUCAAUUGAAUGCCAAUACGAAGCUAUGGGUUGUAAUUUUUCCCGCUGAUGAUGCACCGUGCCUCUUAGUACCUGUAAAUUUCCCCGUUCCCAUUA